AUGGAAUUGACAAGACCCAAUUAUGCUGUUGUUUAUGUCAUUCUCCUUUGUGCGUUGGCCCAAGGGGGUUCAGAGGGGAAAGGGGGAAAGGAAGACGAGUCUUCUAGAGUUGGUGGAGGGGCAUCAUUCAUUUAUGUUCAUAGAUUGAAGCAAUUGGCUAAUUUGGUUGGUAAUUCUGUGUUUUUGUGUCGUGGUUAUGUAGAACUGCCCCUGGUUUUACAUGUAGAAAAUGAGGGUAAACCCUGCAGGAAACAAUUGAUAGACAGGAAAAUUGACUUGCAUCCUCUGGAAGGGAGUGGUGACAUAAAAAGUAUAAAAAGUAACAUAAACAGAGAAACUAAUUCUCUGCCACUUAAUAUAAAAAGAAAAACUUUAGACGGCAAAAGAACUAGUAAUAGUCCUGUUUCAGAAAAGCGUAGCUCUAGAUAUUUGUCAACAGAGCAUUCUGGAUCAACCUUGGGUGUGGAAAGAGGCCAUGGAAGAAACUUGCUUGCUGAUUCACCAAACAAAGAAAAGGCACCAAGUCCUUCUCCUACACCAGCCAGUUCUCCAUUAUCAUCAAGUAAUGGUACAACACCAGCCAGUUCUCCAUCACCAAGUCGUGCACCAACACCAGCCACUUCUCCACCAUCACCACCACCUUCAACUCCCAAAAAAACGGAUUUACUACUCCCAAAAGAUAUGUUUGCUCCAUUUCCACCUCCACCCGGUAUAGCUCGUUCUCCUCCCAAAAAAUCUAAACCUACAGUACAGACUCCUGCUCCUCCAACAUCUAGCGCUAAUGACAAAAAGAAGAAAACAAUUAUUUUAGCUACCACUUUAUCAGGUGUCGUAAUCUUGAUAGGCUUGUUCCUAUGCUAUCGUGAGACCAAAAAGAAGAGAAGUGAUAGGGAUGACAGGCCUUUGCUCGUAUUAACCUCGGAUGAUUAUACUGGCGGUACAAGGAAGGUUGUUCAAUUAGGAAAUUCUAGAAGGGAUGAAUAUGGCAUUGACGACGGAAAGAACCCUUCUAAUGUUAGAAAUUUGUCCAGUAGGAAGGGUGUAGAUGUCAACGUCUCAAUGGUUGACAUAGCAUCAUCAUCAUCAGAAGGCGGAAGAAAACUAAAUGUAUCCCCUAGUGUAAAGUCUGCCCCUCCUCCUCCUCCUCCUCCUCCCCCACCUCCUCUUCCCCCACCUCCUCCUCCU